GAGGUCUGUUAUGUGUCAGGGGGCUGGCAAAUAUAGUCGAUGUUAAACACUUCAAAUGCCUGAAAUAAUCUAAUAAUAAUAUCUAUUCUGCUACUCUGCUACUACUACUGAAAUUCUACCUUAAAAUGGGUUGGAAUACGCUUCUAUACAUUGCAGUCGUUGCAUGUCUCUUGAAAGUGUCCCUACAAGGGGACUCUCAGCGGAGACUCUACAGAGAUCUGAUGGUCAACUAUAACCCUCUGGAGAGGCCCGUCUUCAAUGACACCCACUCCCUCACAGUCUACUUCAGCUUCAGUCUGAUGCAGAUCAUGGAUGUGGAUGAGAAGAACCAAGUGCUUACAACCAACAUAUGGCUACAGCUGUACUGGAAUGAUUAUUACCUACAGUGGAACACUUCAGAAUACGCAGGUGUUACCAAUGUGAGAUUCCCUGAUACCCUCAUCUGGAAGCCUGAUAUCCUCCUGUACAACAGUGCUGACGAGAGGUUUGAUGCUACCUUUCACACCAACAUUUUGGUCAACUCCUCUGGAACCUGCUCCUAUUUACCUCCGGGCAUCUUCAAGAGCACCUGCUACAUCGACGUGCGCUGGUUCCCCUUUGAUGUUCAGCGCUGCGACCUUAAAUUUGGCUCCUGGACCUACGGCGGUUGGUCUCUUGACCUACAGAUGGUUGACGCAGAUAUUACCGGGUACAUCGCUAAUGGAGAAUGGGACCUUGUGGAGGUCCCUGGACGGAGAAAUGAACGUUUCUACGACUGCUGUCAGGAGCCCUACCCUGACGUGACCUUCACGGUGGUGAUGCGCAGACGAACGCUUUAUUACGGCCUGAAUCUGCUCAUCCCCUGUGUCCUCAUCUCCACCCUGGCCCUGCUGGUCUUCCUGCUGCCAGCAGACUCUGGGGAGAAGAUCUCCCUGGGAAUCACAGUUCUGCUUUCACUGACUGUCUUCAUGUUGCUGGUGGCAGAAAUCAUGCCGGCAACCUCCGACUCUGUGCCUCUAAUAGCACAGUACUUUGCAACCACCAUGGUGAUUGUAGGUCUUUCAGUAAUAGCAACAGUUCUGGUUUUGCAAUACCAUCACCAUGAUCCAGAUGGUUGCAAGAUGCCCAAGUGGACGCGAGUAAUCUUGCUGAACUGGUGUGCUUGGUUUCUGCGCAUGAAGCGCCCUGGUGAGGAGCGGGUACGCCCAGCAUGCCAUAACAAGCGUCCCCGAGGUAGCCUCACUAGUGUGGACCUGAAUGGAAGCACAUCGCCUCCCCAGUCUACUAAUGGCAACAUGCUCUAUAUUGGCUUCCGAGGCCUUGAGAGCAUGCCAUACUCCACCGCCGCCACCUCCCCUGACUCAGGCGUCCUUUGUGGACGCCUACUAGGCAGGUCGGGGGAAGACGAAGUUCUCCUACCCACAGGGCCAACCUCUUCGGUUGGCAAUGUGGAGCCCGAGCUCGCCAAGAUCCUGGACGAGGUGCGCUAUAUUGCCAAGCGCUUUCGUGACCAAGAUGAGGAGGAGUCAGUGUGUAACGAGUGGAAGUUUGCGGCAUCCGUUAUUGACCGGCUCUGCCUCAUCGCCUUCUCACUUUUCACGACCCUCUGUACGAUCGGUAUCCUCAUGUCUGCGCCUAACUUUGUGGAGGCCAUCUCUAAAGACUUUUUCACAUGAGAACACAAAACAUUAACCAUAAGUCAGAAACACACUGCACGUCUUUAGGCGAAACCAAUGGCUACCUAAGCUUUAACUUCAGACAGCCACUUCUCCCACCAUAUUUUUGAGAAAUUUAACAUUUGGUGAUUACAGCAAUAGCAGCGUGACCCAUGUCGUGGAGCACUGUUGUUUUUCGAAGGCAUCUAUUGCUGAAUAGUCAAUCGCAGAAACUCUCGAUUAGACCUCUAUAAUUUUAAAUAGGUGUGAUAGUGAGACCAUUGUAGUAGGCCUAAUUAAAUCCUUUCUUGUCACACAAAGACCCCCACACAAUGGCAAUAUCACUCAAAAACCGUUACCUUGAGUUUAUGUUUUGAAGUAGGCUACUUACUCAAAAAAUUUUACCUGCUAUUGAAAGUAAAAAUAUGUUGUCCAUAUAAUAUCAUAAUUUUACUACUUUUAUAAUAAUAACUACUUUUGCUGUAGGCCUAUUCCUUUUUCCUUGAUUGAUUUCAGAGCUCCAUUCACAUGGAUCGCUCCUACUGACAGUACCUAUUUCUUAUGGCUGUGGCUUAUUGAAUAAAGC